CUGGGAGGCGGGGCCAACAUGGCGGAGAAGUAGGUGGAUGCGAAGUUCCCUCGUCUCUCAAACACACCAGUGUUGAGGCCAAAGGACUUUGAACUCCAAGAGUCCAGGCAGCAAAGUGAUAGAGACGCUUCCAGGGACCCACUGGACAACCUGACGGGCGAUAGGUGUUGUUGAUUCCCAGAGCCCAAUAACAAACCCAACCUGCGAGUGCAGUUGCCAUGCAGGGUCUGGGGGAGCAGAUGGAAGGCUAGCAUUUGGGAGCUGGAUCACCAUUGCCUGGAGGGCAGCGAGGACCGUGUUAAUAAAGGUAAGGAUGCUAACACUUGGAAAGGGCAAAGCAAACUAUUCAAGUCACAUGGAACAUCGUUGGCCCAGUUGGAAUUGGAAUCCAGGUGCUGAAUACCAUAGAGGUGUUGAAGAUUGGGGACCCAAAGAAACACAAAAAAAUGAGACUAUGAUCUGAAAGAUCUUUUUCUGGAGUCCUGAGAGGCAGGUUAUGGGCAGGACUGCCUCUGGUCCGCACCAUGAAGUCUGAACCUGCUCCCGCUCUGCCCUGGGCCCUGCUCUGCCUGAGCACUCAGCUUUGGGCUGCCCUGCUCCCUGCAGCCCCCCGCUGCUAGGAGGUAAAACUUCAGGACUGGUCCUUGGCCUGUUUUUGCCUUUCACCUGGCUCACCUCACUGCUCACGCCUCCUCCAUCACGGCACCCCCAGCCCAGCCCUCUCCCCGGCCUCCCCGGCUGGGGCGUUUGGGGGUCCUUUGGGAGGAGUGCAGUGCUGAAGGCUUCCUCCUGCUGUGGACCUUCUUCUCCUUGAAUCAAGGCCUCCGGAUCCACAUGGAUAGCUGAGAUCUUUUCUUGGAGAAAGACACUUUGCUCCUCACUCUAAUCCCACAUUUUCCCACUUGACUUUCCUCCUCUUCUGCUGCUCGGUCUUUCCCCCCCUGCUUCUUUUUUGGAUUUCUUGCUCGUGCACCCAUCUGGGGCCGUCUUGUUCACUUUCCUUCUUCCUCACCCUCUGGAUAUUUGUGCGUGUGCCUCCUUCCUUUUGUGUGCUCUCUGUACCCCCCCCCCCCCCCCACCCAUCUCCUCUUCCUCUCUCCCUUCCUGCUGCCAAGGGGGAUUGUUCCCCUCAGGGCUGUUCCUUGCCAGUCUGCUCCUCUGGCCUCAGUCCUGGCAGCCACAAUGAGCUUCACUGCGCACUCGGUUUUCUUCACCCUGAAGGUGAGUGUCCUGCUGGGGUCACUGCUGGGGCUCUGCCUGGGCCUCGAGUUCAUGGGCCUCCCCAACCAGUGGGCCCGUUACCUCCGCUGGGAUGCCAGCACGCGCAGUGACCUGAGCUUCCAGUUCAAGACCAAUGUCUCCACGGGGCUGCUCCUUUACCUGGACGAUGGCGGCGUCUGUGACUUCCUCUGCCUUUCCCUGGCGGAUGGCCGCGUACAGCUCCGCUUCAGCAUGGACUGUGCAGAGACCGCUGUGCUGUCCAACAAGCAGGUGAAUGACAGCAGCUGGCACUUCCUCAUGGUGAGCCGGGACCGCCUGCGCACGGUGCUGGUGCUUGACGGUGAGGGCCAGGCGGGUGAGCUGCAGCCCCAGCGGCCCUACAUGGAUGUGGUCAGUGACUUGUUCCUUGGCGGAGUCCCCGCGGACAUACGACCUUCUGCCCUGACCCUUGAUGGAGUACAGGCCAUGCCCGGCUUCAGAGGAUUAAUCCUGGAUCUCAAAUAUGGCAACUCAGAGCCUCGGCUUCUGGGGAGCCAAGGUGUCCAGUUGGAUGCUGAGGGACCCUGUGGUGAGCGUCCCUGUGAAAAUGGUGGGAUCUGCUUUCUCCUGGAUGGCCACCCCACCUGUGACUGUUCCACCACUGGCUAUGGUGGCAAGCUCUGCUCAGAAGAUGUCAGUCAAGGUCCAGGCCUCUCCCACCUCAUGAUGAGUGAACAAGGUAGAAGUAAAGCUCGAGAGGAGAACGUGGCCACGUUCCGAGGCUCUGAGUACCUGUGCUACGACCUGUCUCAGAACCCGAUCCAGAGCAGCAGUGAUGAAAUCACCCUCUCCUUUAAGACCUGGCAGCGGAAUGGGCUCAUCCUGCACACGGGCAAGUCGGCUGACUAUGUCAACCUGGCUCUGAAGGAUGGCGCGGUCUCCUUGGUCAUUAACCUGGGGUCCGGGGCCUUUGAGGCCAUUGUGGAGCCAGUGAAUGGAAAAUUCAACGACAACGCCUGGCACGAUGUCAAAGUGACACGCAACCUUCGGCAGCACUCAGGCAUCGGACACGCUAUGGUGACAAUCUCUGUGGAUGGCAUCCUUACCACAACGGGCUACACUCAGGAGGACUACACCAUGCUGGGCUCGGAUGACUUCUUCUACGUGGGAGGAAGCCCAAGUACCGCUGACUUGCCAGGCUCACCCGUCAGCAACAACUUUAUGGGCUGCCUUAAAGAGGUUGUUUAUAAGAAUAAUGACAUCCGUCUGGAGCUGUCUCGCCUGGCCCGGAUUGGGGACACCAAGAUGAAGAUCUAUGGGGAGGUUGUAUUCAAGUGUGAGAAUGUGGCCACACUGGACCCCAUCAACUUCGAGACCCCAGAGGCGUACAUCAGUUUGCCCAAGUGGAACACCAAACGCAUGGGUUCCAUCUCCUUUGACUUCCGCACCACCGAGCCCAACGGCCUGAUCCUCUUCACUCACGGCAAACCCCAAGAGAGGAAGGAUGCUCGGAGCCAGAAGAACACCAAGGUGGACUUCUUUGCUGUGGAACUCCUCGAUGGCAACCUCUACCUGCUGCUUGACAUGGGCUCAGGCACCAUCAAAGUGAAGGCCACUCAGAAGAAAGCCAACGAUGGGGAAUGGUACCACGUGGACAUUCAGCGAGAUGGCAGAUCAGGUACCAUAUCAGUGAACAGCAGGCGCACGCCAUUCACUGCCAGCGGGGAGAGUGAGAUCCUGGACCUGGAGGGGGACAUGUACCUGGGCGGGCUGCCAGAGAACCGUGCUGGCCUCAUCCUCCCCACCGAGCUCUGGACUGCCAUGCUCAACUACGGCUAUGUGGGCUGCAUCCGUGAUCUGUUCAUCGACGGGCGCAGCAAGAACAUCCGGCAGCUGGCGGAGAUGCAGAACGCUGCGGGCGUCAAGUCCUCCUGUUCACGGAUGAGCGCUAAGCAGUGUGACAGCUACCCCUGCAAGAACAAUGCUGUGUGCAAGGACGGCUGGAACCGCUUCAUCUGCGACUGCACCGGCACAGGCUACUGGGGAAGGACCUGUGAAAGGGAGGCGUCCAUCUUGAGCUAUGAUGGCAGCAUGUACAUGAAGAUCAUCAUGCCCAUGGUCAUGCACACUGAGGCAGAGGAUGUGUCCUUCCGCUUCAUGUCCCAGCGAGCUUAUGGGCUGCUGGUGGCUACUACCUCCAGGGACUCUGCGGACACCCUGCGUUUGGAGCUGGAUGGGGGGCGUGUCAAGCUCAUGGUUAACUUAGACUGUAUCAGGAUAAACUGUAACUCCAGCAAAGGACCUGAGACCCUGUAUGCGGGGCAGAAGCUCAAUGACAAUGAAUGGCACACCGUUCGGGUGGUGCGGAGAGGAAAAAGCCUUAAGUUAACUGUGGAUGAUGAUGUGGCUGAGGGUACAAUGGUGGGGGACCAUACCCGCUUGGAAUUCCACAAUAUCGAAACUGGAAUCAUGACUGAGAAACGCUACAUCUCCGUUGUCCCCUCCAGUUUCAUUGGGCACUUGCAGAGCCUCAUGUUCAAUGGCCUGCUCUACAUUGACUUGUGCAAAAAUGGUGACAUUGAUUACUGUGAGCUGAAGGCACGUUUUGGACUGAGGAACAUCAUUGCUGACCCUGUCACCUUCAAGACCAAGAGCAGCUACCUGAGCCUGGCCACCCUCCAGGCGUACACCUCCAUGCACCUCUUCUUUCAGUUCAAGACCACCUCAGCUGAUGGCUUCAUCCUCUUCAACAGUGGUGAUGGCAAUGACUUCAUUGCAGUUGAGCUAGUCAAGGGGUACAUACACUAUGUGUUUGACCUUGGGAAUGGUCCCAAUGUGAUCAAGGGCAACAGUGACCGCCCCCUGAAUGACAACCAGUGGCACAACGUCGUCAUCACCCGAGACAACAGUAACACCCACAGUUUGAAAGUGGACACUAAAGUGGUCACUCAGGUUAUCAAUGGUGCCAAAAAUCUGGAUUUGAAAGGUGACCUCUACAUGGCGGGUCUGGCCCAAGGCAUGUACAGCAACCUUCCAAAAUUGGUGGCUUCCCGGGAUGGCUUUCAGGGAUGUCUGGCCUCGGUGGAUUUGAAUGGGCGUCUGCCAGACCUCAUCAACGAUGCCCUCCAUCGGAGUGGACAGAUAGAACGUGGCUGUGAAGUUGCGUUGACCAAAGCUGACCUGCAAGGACCAAGUACCACCUGCCAGGAAGAUUCAUGUGCCAACCAGGGGGUCUGCAUGCAGCAGUGGGAAGGCUUCACCUGCGACUGUUCCAUGACAUCAUAUUCUGGAAACCAGUGCAAUGAUCCUGGCGCUACGUACAUCUUUGGGAAAAGCGGAGGCCUCAUCCUCUACACCUGGCCGGCCAAUGAUAGGCCCAGCACCCGCUCUGACCGCCUUGCCGUGGGCUUCAGCACCACUGUGAAGGAUGGCAUCUUGGUGCGCAUCGACAGCGCUCCGGGUCUCGGUGACUUCCUCCAGCUUCACAUAGAACAGGGGAAAAUUGGAGUUGUCUUCAAUAUUGGCACAGUUGACAUCUCCAUCAAAGAGGAGAGAACCCCUGUAAAUGAUGGUAAAUACCACGUGGUGCGCUUCACCAGGAAUGGCGGCAAUGCCACACUUCAGGUGGACAACUGGCCAGUGAAUGAGCAUUAUCCCACAGGCAACACUGAUAAUGAACGCUUCCAAAUGGUAAAACAGAAAAUCCCCUUCAAAUAUAACCGGCCCGUAGAGGAGUGGCUGCAGGAAAAAGGACGGCAGUUAACCAUCUUCAACACCCAGGCGCAAAUAGCCAUUGGCGGAAAAGACAAAGGACGUCUCUUCCAAGGGCAGCUCUCUGGGCUCUAUUAUGAUGGUUUGAAAGUACUGAACAUGGCGGCUGAGAACAACCCCAAUAUUAAAAUCAAUGGAAGUGUCCGGCUGGUGGGAGAAGUCCCGUCAAUCUUGGGAACAACACAGACGACCUCCAUGCCACCAGAAAUGUCUACCACUGUCAUGGAAACCACCACUACAAUGGCUACUACUACAACCCGCAAAAAUCGUUCUACAGCAAGCAUUCAGCCAACAUCAGAUGACCUUGUUUCAUCUGCUGAAUGUUCAAGCGAUGAUGAGGACUUCGUUGAGUGUGAGCCGAGUACAGGAGGUGAAUUAGUUAUCCCUCUUCUUGUAGAAGACCCUUUAGCUACCCCUCCUAUUGCUACUCGUGCACCUUCCAUUACACUCCCCCCUACCUUUCGCCCCCUCCUCACCAUUAUUGAGACCACCAAAGAUUCCCUGUCCAUGACCUCUGAGGCGGGGUUACCUUGCUUGUCGGACCAAGGCAGCGAUGGUUGUGAUGAUGAUGGCUUGGUGAUAUCUGGGUAUGGCUCAGGGGAAACCUUUGACUCUAACCUGCCCCCUACUGAUGAUGAAGAUUUUUACACCACCUUCUCCUUGGUAACAGAUAAGAGUCUUUCCACUUCAAUCUUCGAAGGUGGCUACAAAGCACAUGCGCCCAAGUGGGAAUCCAAGGACUUUAGACCUAACAAAGUCUCCGAAACUAGUAGGACUACUACCACAUCUUUGUCCCCUGAGCUGAUCCGCUUCACAGCUUCCUCCUCGUCUGGGAUGGUGCCCAAAUUGCCAGCUGGCAAAAUGAAUAACCGUGAUCUCAAACCCCAGCCUGAUAUAGUCUUGCUUCCGUUGCCCACUGCCUAUGAGCUAGACAGCACCAAACUGAAGAGCCCACUAAUUACUUCCCCCAUGUUCCGUAAUGUGCCCACAGCAAACCCCACGGAGCCGGGAGUCAGACGGGUUCCGGGGGCCUCAGAGGUGAUCCGGGAGUCGAGCAGUACAACAGGGAUGGUCGUCGGCAUUGUGGCUGCUGCCGCCCUCUGCAUCUUGAUCCUCCUGUACGCCAUGUACAAGUACAGGAACAGGGACGAGGGGUCCUAUCAAGUGGACGAGACGCGGAACUACAUCAGCAACUCGGCCCAGAGCAACGGCACGCUCAUCAAGGAGAAGCAGCAGAGCUCGAAGAGCGGCCACAAGAAACAGAAAAACAAGGACAAGGAGUAUUAUGUGUAAAAACGACACCGCCAAUCAUUACGUGAAUUUAUGACACAAUUAUUUCUAUAGAAAUCUAUAAAUACUUGGAAAACGAGGUUUCACAGAUGUCAGAACUGUUACAACUAUGAGAUGGGGUGUACCAUGACCAUGGUGGGGAAAACCAUUUUUAAAAGGACACACACAAAGAUGUACCUAAAACGUUCCGCCAUGGCUGCUUUGAUUCAGUCAUCGCUCGGAGACAGAACAUUCUUUCUGCCCUGCUGUAUCAUAAAGCACACACUUUGCGCUCUGGAGCAACCAGAUGGCUCCCCCACUUUCGCGGACUUGGAAGCUUCCUUCUCUUGAGGACUUUUCACCCAAGGUAGAAGACUUCAUGGCUUACUUGUUCCAUAACUCCAAGUGAGUCUGUAAUGAUGUUUGUGAAGCUUGACUGUAACAAUCUGUAACAAUGUUUUCUUUUUUCUUUUUUUGGUUUAAUUAUGUAAAAAACAAAAACAAAAAAAAUGAAAAAAAAUGAAAAACAAAAGCAAACAAACAAAAAAACCCACCCUUAUCUGGUUUUGGCCAGUGUCUGUGUAACUUUUCAAGAUCUGAGGGGAAAAAAUGGCUUUUGGGUUUUUGUUUAUUUUUUGAGAAUGACUGGACAUAAGAAGAAAAAACAAACAAAAAACUCAGAAAACAAAAAUAAGAGAGACUAUUGCCAUAUGAACUCAAAAGCUACCAUGGUGUUCACUCUACAUAUCAGGUUGUGGUAUUUCUAGAAUCUGUUGUUUGUUUCCUAUACGAUGCUUUGCUGAAACACAUAGCAAAAUCACAUGAUGGAUGAUAGUAUUGGUUUGAAAAGCUGGUCCCUCAGGAUCUAAUUGCAGAAUUUGCCACCCAAACCCUGAAUAGGUGGGGUUAGGGCUGGUUUUAUUAGAGCUAUUGGCUUUACUUAACAAUAUUGUUCCUGUUCAUUAGCCCAGCCAAAUUGUGGUAAAGGAGAAAGCCCCACAAACUAACACAGAGCCUUUCCUAGGGAAGGUGAAGAGGGGGUGGGCUGGAUCUGCGACUGAUUGAAAUGCAUGCAAAUAUAAAAAGAUGAGACAAUACUAAUCGUCUGUUAAAGAAUCAAAACAGACAAUAGGGGAGUUCAAUGUGUGAUGGAACAACAAAAGGUCACACAAGCCAAACAUGGCAUGACAGAGUGCAAAAUACAUAGUUCUUCCCCCACCCCCAACAUGAUGUUUUUCAUAGUGGUUUAAUUUUGUAGCCUGACACUUACAGAUAACUCUGUCCUUCCAUUUGCUCACAUCUCCCUUCACCCAUCUUUUCUAAAAACAAAUAAAUAAAUAAUAAAUGAAUAAAGCUGCUGUGACACACAAAAAAAGGAAUUUAAUAGUAUAAUAUAUAUAUAAAUAAAUAUAUAUACAGAUAUAUUUAUCAUGGUAUGUUUGAUGGGAUGACUGAAACAGGAAAACUGUUAAAGUCUUGAAGUGGAAUGAGAAUGUUGUUUUAAAAGAAAAUAACAAAACAACAAAAAGUAAACCUUAAAAUGUGAAGAAAGUGUGAGUUUUAGUUUUGUCACAGUUAACUGUGUCAAAGAGAAUAAACAAUCUUCUCAGAUUUUGUUUACAUAUUUUACUACAUUUUUGCUGGUAUAAUUCCUUAGCCACCUAUGUACAUACUGCUUUAAGAACUGUUCUUUCCUUUCUAUUUGUUUAUUUCGUUUGGUUUAUAUUCCAGUUGUAUGUCUUUCUUUUUGAAAAGAGGAAACAAUGUACAGAAAAACAAUAAACUGGUUGUGUGGCCAUAGCUAUCCAAAAAGCAAGAGACAAAGCAAGAAAAAUAUUCACACAAAAAUGAAGUAUGUCUUCUGGAGGGUAGGAUAUAUACAAUUUCUUUUGUACAGAUGAAAAUCAAUCAGCUGUUUAGAUUUAGAAAUCUACUCUUGCUGGUCUUUGUAAGUUGCAUGAAUAUUUGACUUUGAAAAAUACCUUAAAGACACGGGGCAAAAAGCGCAAUCUAAACAAUGGUAGCCUUUACUAAUGUGUACGGAAAGAGGUGUUCCUCAUUAUCUGAUAUUUCAAUGUGUUAAGAGUUUUGGAUUUUUUUGUUGUCAUUAAAAAUGACAGGAUUAUAAAGAGAUAUCAAAGCACGAUUUUAGAUAACUUAAAUGGCCCAACCUAUAUGAAGUUGAUUAUAUCUCGAUGUCUGUAAAAGAUUGCUGUUUUUGGAGUCUUGAGGUCUUGUGAACUGAUUUCCUGCUUUCUUUCUUUACAUUUUUUUUAUUUGAGUAAAAAUACAUUUGUUAUAUUCCUUUUAGUGUAAGUUUCUAUUUGGACAAUUUUAUGGGAACAUGUGCAUUCUGUAUGUGAGCUUCUAUCAUAUUCCUGUUGUUUUAUGAGCAGACUCUUAAGGAAUUUAUUUUAUGAUGUUGUGAAGUUACUGCUUUUUCUUUUUCCUUUCUCUUUUAGUUCAUAUUUGCAUUUUCGUUCAAGGAUAUGCUUAGCAAUAAAAUGUUCUUCCCAAAA